UCGGCUAGUUCGUCGCAGUGUUAACGUCUUCGUCGUGAGGACUCUCGUCGUCCCGGCGUCUAAAAAUGCGGUCCUUCUGCUCGUUUUUACUUCUACUGGCGGUUACGCUCGUUACUGCGGAAGUCUACUUUGAGGAGAAAUUUCUCGACGAUUCCUGGGAAAACAACUGGGUAUACUCUGAACACCCUGGAAAUGAGUUUGGAAAGUUUGUAUUGAGCCAUGGAAAGUUUUGGAAUGAUCCAGAAAACGAUAAAGGUAUCCAGACCUCUCAGGAUGCACGAUUCUACGCAUUAAGCAAGAAAUUCAAACCCUUCAGCAAUAAGGAUAAACCACUUGUUGUUCAAUUUUCUGUCAAGCAUGAGCAAUACAUCGAUUGCGGCGGUGGAUACUUAAAAGUAUUUGACUGUUCAUUGGAUCAAAAAGACAUGCACGGAGAUAGCCCGUACCAAAUCAUGUUUGGACCUGAUAUUUGUGGACCUGGAACAAAGAAAGUUCAUGUUAUCUUCAGUUAUAAGGGAAAGAAUCUUUUGAUUAAUAAAGACAUCCGUUGCAAAGAUGAUAUUUACACGCAUCUGUACACAUUAAUUGUUAAUCCUGACAACACGUACAAGGUUCUUAUUGACAAUGAAGAGAUUGAAUCUGGUGAACUGGAAACGGAUUGGGACUUCUUGCCACCGAAGAAAAUUAAAGAUCCAUCUCAGAGCAAACCCGAUGAUUGGGAUGAUAAACCCACCAUCCCCGAUCCAGAUGACCAGAAACCAGAAGACUGGGACAAACCGGAACACAUUCCUGAUCCGGAGGCAUCUAAACCCGACGAUUGGGAUGAUGAAAUGGAUGGAGAAUGGGAAGCUCCUAUGGUCGACAAUCCUGAAUAUAAGGGUGAAUGGAAACCAAAACAAAUUGAUAAUCCCAACUAUAAGGGACCCUGGGUUCACCCAGAAAUUGAUAAUCCCGAAUAUACUCCUGAUCCUGAACUAUAUAUGAGGAACGAAAUUUGUGCAGUUGGUUUCGAUCUAUGGCAAGUGAAGUCCGGAACGAUCUUUGAUAAUGUUCUCAUUACUGAUGAUCCGGAAGACGCUCGCAAAUUCGGUGAGGAAGUCUGGAAACCUACUCUUGAAGGUGAAAAGAAAAUGAAAGAGGCUCAGGAUGAGGAGGAAAGACAACAGCGAAAGAAGGAGAACGACGAUAAGAAGGGUGAUGAUGAAGAUGAAGACGCAGAUGAAGAAGAUAACAGUGUUCCAGAAACUGAGGAGCAUGACGAAUUGUAAAUAAAUGUGUCCUGUUUGACACAAACAGACUGUAUUCCAGGAGCUGUGUGGCCGCGACACGCACUACUUUUCAAAAACAAAAAAUCACAGUAAAAAUAAAGAGAAAAAACAUUGCCGUAAAAUGACCGAAAGCAUUGUACUAUUGAAUUCCGGUUGGUGGGAAAUUUUUAAACGGUGAAUCCCCAUGGUUCUGUUUUUUUCUUUAAUCGAAACAUGGCCUCGUCUUCGCAGCCUAAACUUUGUAUCCUAGUCUUCGAUUUUUCGUUCCGUGUUCCACGAAAUUUUAUCAAUAAGAAACAUCACCGAUUAAUCGAGUGUUAGACGAAUCAAAGUGCUCGUUGUACUGCCGAAGGUAUGUUGCAUUCUAAAUGCGUACUAUAUAUAUACAUACAUACAUACAUAUAUAAUAUAUAUGUAUUAUAUAAAUAGAGUCACCUUGCCCCGUGUCCCUACCAUGGCACAGCUCCACAAAAGACUCUAAGUUGUUCCGUUUUUGUUUGUCAAGUGUUUUUAUAUACAAUUAAAAAGUAAUUGAGAUGUAAUUUAAACGAUGCUAUAUUAUAUAUAAAUAUAUAUAUAUUAUAUAUUAUUUCAAUUUCCGUACAGUGUACGCGUAUUAAAAAAAAAGCUCGCUCCAAUUGAAGGAUAAAAAAAAAGAAGUAAGAGUGAUUGGAAUGUAUGCUACAACAUGACUGAAUGAGUAAACAAAUAAAUAAAUUGGUAUGAUUCAUGUAUCGAAGGUAACCAAUAACCAAUGUAAAAAAAAUAAAUAAGACUUUUCUAGACGUG